AUAAGGUCACAGCGGUGCUUAUUAGAGUUCAUCCGGAAAGCAUUCUAGUCAUGUGAUAUUUGUACGCAAUCAUGAUGAAUUAAGUGUAACAACACUAUAAUUUAAAUAAUUAUUUAUCUGAUGAUAAAAGUUAAGCAAACAAACCAUGUGGAGAGGGAUCAAAUCAAUACAACACUAACAUAACUAUUUCACAGAAAAUAUGUUUCCUAAACAGGCCUGUGUCCUUGCAGGUUAGGGCACAUUACCUUACACAUGAUGACAUUCUUACUGGUGUUGUAAACCUGGUAAAGAAGCUCAAAAUCAAGAAAAUUGUCAUCGGGUCAAGGUGAGAUCAUAGCAUGAACUAACACGAAUAAGGAAGCAAUUGCCUCUUUGUAUAUGUUAUUCAAUGUAACCUGUACAAAUGGACAUUGCCUUAGCCCACAAAACAGCAUAACCAUAUAUUAAGUUAUGCAGGAACAUGUCAAAGAAAGCGGUUCUUCGUAAAUGCUCUCAGGUUUGGGUGGUGAUUAAUGGCAAAUAUCUGUCCACUAGCAAUGAUCAUCUGGAGCAUACUGGAGGCACUGGAUAUGGAGGGAGCUCUGAGUUUUUGCCAUCUAUGCAUGAGCUGAGCGACGAAUCUGAUGGCUAUGCAACACCACCAAGUGAUUUUUAUGUAUCAUUUCAGGAAGACGAUGUCAUGGAUGAGUAUGGGGUGAUUCCAAUGGAUGGUGAUGGACAACUGGAAAAGGAAGCUGAACAAGGCAUUGAGGAAAUAAAUGCUUCUGAGGAAGUGGGCAAAAUUUCUGGUGAUGACAUACGGGGUUCCAGAAAUAUGAGUGAAGAGUCUGAAAAAUUGAUGGAGGAAAUGGAAAAACUACAAAGGAAAUUGAAAGAGCUGCAAGACGAGGGGCAUAAUCAUGAAGAAAGCAUCUUGUCGCCAAGAAGAAAGAAUGUAUUGUUGAAGGAGAAAAUGUUACCAAAACAAAGAUACCCAGAGCUGCAAAUCCCAGAACAUAUUGUGCAGUAUUCCAUGUCACAUAUUGGGAAAGCGACCAAUAACUUCUACUCAAGAAACCUCAUAGGGGAAGGAGGAUAUGGCCUAGUGUACAAAGGAAAACUAGGUGGCGUGCCUGUGGCUAUCAAGCUGUUGAGACCCCAUGGUAAACCCCAUGGUAGACAAGGUUUUCCAGAGUAUCAGCAGGAGGUCGUUGUGCUGAGCAGAAUCAAACACCCACACAUCGUGAAGCUGCUCGGCGUGUGCCCGGAAUCAUGCGGCCUCGUCUACGAGCACCUCCCCAACGGCACACUCAUGGACGGGCUCUCCAAGGGGCUUCCAUGGAAGGACCGUAUCAGGAUCCUCGCCGAACAGCGUUCCGCGCUGGCACACCUACACUCCAGCCGGCCCAAUGCCAUCAUCCAUGCGGACCUGAAGUUGACGAACAUCCUCCUCGACGCCGGGAACGUGAGCCGGCUAGGAGACUUCGGGACUGCGCGCGUCGUGCAGAUAAAGCCGCUGGAGGAGGACACCAUCUGCCGGCGGACGAACCCGAUGGGCACGAUGGGGUACAUGGACCCCGUCUUCUUCACGACGGGCGAGCUCACCGCGGAGUCGGACGUCUACGCGUUCGGCGUGGUGAUCCUGCAGGUCCUCACGGGGCUGCUCGACCUCAACAUCGUCGAGCAGGUGCAGGAAGCGAUGAAGAUGGACGCCGCGCACGGCCUGCUGGACGCGUCCGCCGGCAGCUGGCCGGAGGUGCAGGCUGAGCGGCUCAUGCGGCUGGCUCUGAGGUGCUGCAACCUGGAGCGGAACCGGCGGCCAGCUGCCACCUCCGAUGCCGACUGGCGAUCGCUGGACAUCCUGCGGACCAUGGCGACUGCAAGUAAAUCCCGGAAAUGGAGUCAUGCAAACUGAAGAACCAUGCCAGCAGCACCACCGUGCAUCGGCGAAAUGCCAACUGAACAUAAUGAGUCUAGUCUGUGAAUCUAAACUAUAUUUGCGUUUAGUUUGUGAUGCCAUAGCAUUUCUGUUGUGAAUUUACAUUCUUAAACUAGUUAGAACAUAAUGUACGAUAGGACAGAACAGUGCAUCCCUCCCAUUGCAAAAAAAU